GGCGGUCCGGGCGGUAGACAACAAUCGGCGAAUCCCCCGGCCGCGUCUUCGAUCACACACCGCUCGCAGGUGUCUCACUAGUUAUUUAUCGCUACGCUGCUGCGUUCGUCUCGCGCAAAUAAAUAAAUUAACACACAUCACAAAAGUAUAGUGCGCGUAUUGAUCAACAAGUGCGGCGUGUUCAAGUUUAUUCUAUCUUUAUAUUAAACUAAACUAAAGUUUCUUUCGUCGCAAAGGUGCGUAGUGAAUAUAAUUAAAGAUGUCGAUAAUAGUCAAUUAUAUAGCUGAUAAUUAUAAUUAUUUAAUGGAAAAUCGAAGUGAUCCUAGAGUAAAAGACUGGUUUUUAAUGAGUUCACCGUUCCCCACGCUUGCAAUUUGCCUCUCUUACGGGCUGCUAGUGACGAAAAUCGGUCCGAAGUUGAUGGAAAAUCGCAAACCGUUCGAAUUACGCACGCCAAUCAUUAUCUACAACUUGAUUCAAGUGUUACUCAGCACGUGGUUAUUCUACGAGAGUGGAAUUUGUGGUUGGUUCACAACUUACAGCUACAGAUGUCAGCCCGUCGACUAUUCCAACUCCCCAAUCGCAAUGCGAAUGGCGCGCGGUUGCUGGUGGUAUUUCUUCUCGAAAUUCACUGAAUUCUUUGAUACUUUCUUCUUCGUCCUUCGCAAGAAAAACGACCACAUUAGCACGUUGCAUGUGAUUCAUCACGGCGUGAUGCCAAUGUCCGUGUGGUUCGGCGUCAAGUUUACACCCGGCGGCCAUUCGUCCUUCUUUGGCUUCCUCAACACUUUCGUUCACAUCAUUAUGUACUCAUACUAUUUAGUCGCUGCUCUCGGACCACAAUAUCAGAAAUAUUUAUGGUGGAAAAAAUAUUUAACCACAUUACAAAUGAUUCAAUUCGUCGCUGUGAUGGUACACGCAUUCCAACUGCUCUUCAUCGACUGCAGCUACCCGAAGGCUUUCGUCUGGUGGAUCGGCGGACACGCGCUCAUGUUCUACUUCCUCUUCAGCAGUUUCUACAAGCGUACAUACACCAAGGACGACAAGAAACUAUCGUCGUCGUCGGCGGAAAAGCAGCGGGCUGCUACGCAGACGAAUGGAACAAGCAACGGUACAACGAAAGCAGCGAAAACAAUCGGUAUUUGUUUCCCUGGCCAGACAGAACUCUACGAUACGACGUCGCAUGAAAACGGCAUCAAGAAGAGCUACACGUCGUCCAACAACGACCUCAGGAAUCGCGCAUUCAUCGAUCGAAAGUAAAUUAUGCUCAAAUACAAAGACAGCGCACAUGUAUGCAACCCAAAUGACAAGACAAACAAAAACAACUUUUAUAACUUACAUUUUAAACAUUUAACCGGGGUUUACAUGUGAAUUGAAAAAAGUACCAAUUAUUUAAUUAAGUAAAUAGUGUUCUGUGAUCUAUUGCACGACGACGCGGAAAUUUUAGCAACUAGACAGUAACGGUAACAGCACUUAUGUAUAAGUCAUUAAUAUAACAUAACCUAACCCGUCCAAUUUUUGAUACGAAAUUUUAACGAAUUACGAGUAAGCGUAUUUUAUUAAAUAUCUUAUAUGUAAAGUAUACAUAGUUAGAGGUUAAGUUUUAUUUCUUAGUGUGGUAGUUUUAGCCGGCAACGUGUUAUCAAUCAAUCGAACAAAACUCUGGAUUGUUUGGAUGUUUAUUUAUAUUUAUUUACGUUUACUUCUGCAAUAGUUACUCAUUACGCUAGGAGUAUACAAUGUAUUACCAGCCAGGGCACAUUUAUAUUGUUUAUGGUGUAAUGUGCAAUGAUAAUCAAGAUAAUCAAGAAAUUUGUACAAAAUGAGUAUGUUAUGGGAUGUAUAAUUCGUAAAUUACUUGUGUAUUAUAAAUGGACAAUAAAUAAAUUACUCAAAGUGAAUAA